UUUUGGAGUUUCUAUAUAAGUCGCAGGAUAUUCCAGACGGCUUUGAUAAGUUCGAGUGUUUGUUAUACUGCACAGCAAAUCAAGCUACCAGCAGCUGCGUUUUUAACCAACCGACUUUGGCAAAAUGUCUCGUGCCCUUUUAUACCUCGUUUCGGCCUUGCUGGUGGUUGGAUUCGCUGCAGCACUCGAACCGAAAGGCGGACUCGGAAAACCCAAGGAAGCCGAUAAGGAAGUGAAGGACGCCGUCAACGCGGUUUCCCGCCAAAUUAUUUCCAAAGCUAGGGUCAGCAGCAAUACCAUCCUCAUUCCGGUGUUAUACUCCAAGCAAACCGUUGCCGGCACUAACUACUUCGUCAAGAUAAGACUCGGAGCUGGUCAAGGCGGACAGUACAUUCACGCUAAGAUUUUCUGGGAUCUCAAGGGCAAAUACACACUGGUCAGCAUUAAAGACGCUAAUGGACCGGAUCCGAUCACAUUCUUUUGAGCUACCGUUAUUACUCAUUGCUAAUUGACAAGUUCUGUCCUUAACAAUUAUAAUGCCGAUGUUCACUCUCUGACGUUCAUUCUCAAGAUCCUAAUUUCGCACGAACCAAAGUACUACUCGAGACGAAUACGGUGCAAGUUUUUGGGUGUAAACUCCGUGCAUCUAUGUAAUUAAUGUCGACUUUCUAAAGGGUCCAACCGGAACAUAAAUUAAAGCUGAAAAAAGAACAGCAAAAAGAA